GUCCUGACCCCUGCCCAUCCCCCUGCCCCAAAAUGGCCAGCUGCCCCCUGUACCCCCGCGGGGUCUAUAUGGGGGGUUGGCGGUGGUAACUGAGCGUCUUUCCGCCGAGUCUGUCCCCAUCACAUGUAUUGCAGUGCAUCCAGGGACCGUGAAAACGAGCAGUGCAGACGAUUCCCUGGGCUCUGUGCCUUGCCUCGGGUGGCUGUUGCGGGACUACAUUGGGCCGCUCUUCUAUGCGCCCUGGCACUGUGGUGCAAUGCCUAUCGUUUUUGCCGCGGCAGGUGCGAAAGUGGCAGAGGACAAUGUCAGAUACUGUGGCGCCUAUGUGGGGCCGCCGGGUGUUCUGGCCCAGCCUUCAAACUAUGCACUGGAUGAGCGCCUCCAGCAAGAGUUGUUUGAUACCACCGAGGCAAUAUUGGCAGAGCUCGAAUAGUCGAAGUUCAAUUUGUAAAAUCCCGUUGUUUAUGAGAUAUUUGGAUGUGAAACCACGCCAUUUCAACCUAAGGGAAGCCUGCUAUCUAACUCCGAGCAUCCCAAACGUGCCCGAUGGGCUCGUCGUCAUUCGGAAAGCGGCCGGCCAGGUUCGAAAAGUCGCGCUCUCUUGUCCCGGGUCGUUCCGCCCCAGUUUCAGAUAACACCAGUUAUCUCAUUGGCCCUGGAAUCAGCAGUGAACCGUGGUAUCGAAAUCAUUUUCCAAACAAAGGCGAACGUCGU